GAUAUAUUGCUAAUGAAUAACGGAUUGGCAUUGUUUCACGGAUUGACCUUAUUCCUCCUGCUCUAGGGUCGUGCGCACCCUAAGUAUCCGCAUCUAAGCUUUCCCGCCUUCUGUUUAUUCGUAGCGAUACAUUAUUUACGAGCCCUCUGCCCCGGCUCGUAGAAAAACGCGACAUUAAGAACCCUGGCUGUGUGGGGGUGUUGUGGUCUGUCCCUGAGCGGUGGCGUGCAGAGGGUAUAUUUAUCAUUUCGCGACAACCUGGAGAGAUGAUACGGCACAUGUGAAAGGAAAGCAGUCUUUUACCACCUUGAUAUAGCAUAUCAGAGGACAAAUAUAGACCUUGGAAAAAGGCAUAAAAGCAAAAAACAUAUAAGCAGGAAAAGAGAAAAUAGUAUUGCAAAGGGGAGACAAGGAGCCUUGACACUGGACGCAAAGUCUUUGUGUGGGUCAGGUCUACAAGUCACACCUGGGAGAGUCCCCACUCAGGGAGUCUGAGAAUAAUCUGAAAAAGCUUUGCUCUACUGGUACACCAUGGCUCGGGAUCGGAGGAGGGGAAUGGGCUUAGGGCUAAUGUUUCUGGCCUACAAAUUGCACAACAUAGGGAUGAGCACUAUACCACCUGUUACUCUUGCUUUGCUAGUAGGACAGUGUCUACUUUUCUUGGGCAUCAUUGAUCCACCUUGGAGCAGAUAUGAUGUCUGUCUGAGCGCUGAACAUAUCCUGCAUUACAAGGACUACUGGCGAUUGAUUCUCUCAGCAAUUGAACAUUCGGAUGAUAUGCAUCUGUAUCACAACAUGAUUUCACUGGUUCUUAAAGGCAGAACACUAGAGAAACUGUAUUUUAGUUGGACUUGCAUAUAUAUGGGGCCCACUGAAAGCACUCGUGGAGAUGAUAUAUGCGAUCAUUGCAGGACCAUAUUCAUAUAGUAGAAGCCACAGAUCAUUUGGCCAAUCCUAUACGUAUAUGCAUGGAACAGUUGGUCCAGAACAAAAUUAUGAAAAUGGGAGGCAGAAUUAUGGAUGGAAUUUUGCCAAUGACCAGUAUGAGGCAGGACCAUCUUCUCCGUAUGAAGGAGGAACAAGAAGCACUGCUAAUAUUCCUGCAGAGGAAUUAAGGCGCCGAAGACUGCAUAGGUUUCAGUGAACUUCGGCUUUAUAUACAAAUGGACACGUACAAUAAGUGCUUUAAAAUAUUUUCAAUAUUUCCUAAUUUGAUAUGAGAAAUACCUGAUAUUCAUAGAUACCAAAUAAAACUAUAACAUGAAACUUGUUUAUUAUAAAGUCAUCAACAUAUUAUCACAGAAAACAGUGGUUUACAUUAAUUUCUUUUAAAGAAGUAUCCAUUUAUCCUUUCAAGUACAGUAGAUGUAAACGCUACAGUAAAUCACUGCACACUAGAAGGGAGAUUUUCACACAGGUAUUACGUACCAACAGUCUUUGCUACACACAGCAUAUACACAUUUCAUUAAGCAUAUCAAUAUUUAAAUGAUGCCCUGUUUGAACAUUUCAUGGAGAGAGAGAGAGAGAGGGGAAAAAAAAAAAAAAAAAAAAAAAAAAAAA